GCGCGUACAGCCGUAGGUGAGCAAAUGAACGAUUUCGGGUUUUCACUUCCUGAUUUCAAUGGUAUAACCAAUGAACGGACAAAACACGGACCGAUUUCUUUCGGGAAUUAACCUCCACUGAACAAAAACGGAUUGACCGAACAGUUCUAACUUCAUGAUUACGCUCUAUUUAUACCUUUACUCGACAAGAGGCAUCCAGCAUCCUGACAAUAUACACAGCAUUGGCAGACCCUUUGUUCUCAGCCGACCUUGUGACAGGUAAACUCCAGAGAUUCUGAGCCAAGGCACCGGUGCGCAUCACCAUCCACUACCAUGGCCAACCAGGACUCUACCAACCCGUCCCAUGCCUUGUUUGAGCAGUUCGUCCAAGCCCAGACCUGUAAGGAGGUGCAGCGUAUUUUCUCAGAGCUUUGCCACCACCUACAGGUGGACCCCAGGGACUACCAGAGCUUCUACACCAAGCUCAAGGAAAGGCUCAACUACUGGAAGGCCAAGUCCCUCUGGGUCAAGCUGGACAAGCGGGCCCAACACCAAGACUACCAGCAAGGCGAAGUCUGUGCCAAAAACAAGUGCCUGGUGCUAGGUGCAGGGCCGUGCGGGCUCAGGACAGCCAUAGAGCUGGCUCUGCUGGGGGCUCAUGUGGUGGUACUAGAGAAGAGAGACUCUUUCUCCCGGAAUAACGUGCUGCACCUGUGGCCCUACACCAUCUAUGACCUGCGUGGGCUGGCUGCCAAGAAGUUCUACGGCAAAUUUUGCACGGGAGCUCUGGAUCACAUCAGCAUCCGUCAGCUCCAGCUGAUACUGCUGAAAGUGUGUCUUCUCCUGGGGGUGGAGGUUCAAACAGGGGUGGAAUUCAAAGGAUUUGUGGAGCCCUCAGGAGCCACAGGCUGGAUGGCAAAGCUGUUUCCUGACAAUCACUCUGCUGGGAAGUUCCAGUUUGAUGUCUUCAUAUCUGCAGGAGGAGGAAGCUAUGUCCCGUAUGGCUUCAAGAGGAAGGAGCUGCGAGGGAAGCUGGCCAUCGGCAUCACGUGUAACUUCAUCAACCUUCACACUGCAGCCGAGGCCCAGGUGGCAGAGAUCAGCGGUGUGGCACGUAUCUACAACCAGAAGUUCUUCCAGGACCUGCUCACAGAGACGGGUAUUGAUCUGGAGAACAUAGUCUACUAUAAAGACGMCACCCACUACUUUGUCAUGACUGCCAAGAAGAAGAGCCUGUUAAAGAUGGGGGUCAUUAAACAGGACUUUAGUGAUGCCGAUAAGCUUCUGGCCCAGGUAAAUGUGGACCAGGAGGCCUUGUUGCGUUACGCCUACGAUGCUGCCCAGUUCUCCACGGGCCACUGCCUGCCCGACAUGCAGUUUGCCCAGAACCACGCUGGCCAGCCUGACGUGGCCAUGUUCGACUUCACCUGCAUGCACCGAGCUGAGAACGCCUCUCUGGUCAGGGAGAGAAAGGGCAAGAAACUACUCAUGGGCCUGGUGGGAGACUGCCUGGUAGAGCCGUUUUGGCCUCUGGGAACAGGUAUUGCCCGUGGGUUCCUGGCUGCCUUCGACACAGCAUGGAUGGUUAGGAGCUGGGGCAAGGGAAGACCCCACAUGGAAGUCCUUGCUGAACGAGAGAGUAUCUACCAGCUCCUGUCCCAGACCACGCCAGAGAACACCAGUAAGAAAUAUAGCGCCUUCAGCAUAGACCCGGCUACACGCUACCAGCACGUCAACCUCAACUCCGUCAAGGCCAUCCAGGUGAAACGCCUCUAUGACGUGGAAGAACACCUUAAUCCUGGCCGACCCACCAAGAAGCCGAAAGGCAAGUGGUGUCACCUGCGACAAGAUUCGGUUGGAGCGUUUGAGGUGCUUUUGAAGUGGUGCCAGCAGCACACUGCAGGGUACGACAGGGUGAAGGUGAAAGAUCUGAACCAGUCCUGGAGGUCUGGCCUGGCCCUGUGUGCCCUCAUCAACACCUUCAGACCCCGUGUCAUUGACAUGUCCUCUCUGGAGGAGUCUAAUGCAGUCUACAAUAACCAGCUGGCCUUCAACUUCCUGGAGAGAGAGCUGGGCAUCCCUCCCAUAAUGUCAGCCAGUGAGAUGUCUUUCAAGGGACAGCUAGACAAGCUCUCCAUGGUGCACUACCUCACACAGAUCCACGAUGCAUUCAAUGRAAGGACACCUACUAAAGAACCUCAGAGCUUUCCCCUGAAGCCAUCCAAGACCCUGUCUUUUCGGGCUGCUGUGGUCUUCCUCAACAACCUCAAGCACAACUCUCUGCAGCGACGCAAGGAGAGACUGGCAAGCAAGAAAGAAGAAAAAAGGAUGAUGGGAGAGGAAAAGGAUCCUUUAGCUCCUCUCUCAGCCCCUACGGUGAACCCUGACCCUGUGAACCCUGACCCUGAACCGAGCCUGACGCCAGGCAUCAGUAGCAAUGAGGAGUGUUACUUCUGUUGCCAGCGGGUCUAUGUUCUGGAGAGGAUCAGUACUGAGGGAAAGUUAUUCCACCGUAGCUGCUUCACCUGCCAUCAGUGCGGCACCACCCUUAGACUGGGCGGGUAUACCUUCAACCAGCACACUGGGAAGUUCUACUGUGAGCUGCACUCUGAACAACUAGAGAUGGAGAACGGGGAACAAUGCCCAUCCGUUCAGAAUACAAUAGAAGAUCACAAUGAGAAGGAGAGAGGUGUGAAUGGGAUCUCCAGUGAAGAGCACUCACCUUGUCCCUCUGAAGAUGAUGAUGAAGAGUACUCUCUAGACUUGGGUCUUCCUAAACCAAUGGCUCCUCAGGGUGAGGAACACCCCAGCAGCAAACAAUCUAAUCCUGUAGAGGAGCCCCAUGUCCCACCAAAUCCACCCAUAGACGUUUUCCUGGAGAAAGGGUUUAAGGCCAGUGAUGUGGAGGAAGAAAAGGAGGGGAAGGAGAGGGUCGAGGAUCCCCCCGCAUACCCCCCGACCCCUGUCCCAAAACCUCGUCUGUCUUGUUCGGAAAUCCCCAGCCCUCAGGCCUCCCCUCCUGUACCCAAACCACGCACCGUCCUCCCCACCCCAAAAAGGGACAUGUCACCGGCCCAUGUAGGGGAGAAGGGGUCCCUCGGAGCAGCAGGAGAGAAAGGGACCCCCAAGUCAACCCCAGCCCCUGACUCCAGGGCGAAGCAGUCCCAGCGGAAGCUGCAGCUCACUGACAAGGAGAAUAACCAAUUAGUCAACCUGAGCUUCAGCCUGGACUCUGACUCAGAGACACCUGGUUCUUCCUCCUGCUCCUCUUCAACAGCCACAGCAGGGUGUCCCAGCCCACCCAAAUCUCCAGGUGCAGAUUGCCAGGAGGAGGAGGGCUACUGGAUUGGGGGCCCGAGGCCGGCGGGACACAUCCGGGAGCUCAGGAACCGCCGCUGCUUCAGAAGGAAAGAGGAGCCUGAGGAGGGCCAGGGUCAACACGGCAGGGUCCGCUCCAAGUUCUCCCCCUGGAACCUCUCCUCCCCUCGGCCGAGGAGGGACUACCGCUUCAGCGUCCUCAACAGCCAACCAGAAGUACACUAUCACCACAGUGUAUCCGAAGAUGGUGGUGCUGCUGCUGCUGCUGCUGCUGCUGCUGCUGCUGCUGCUGCUGCUGAUGAUGAUGAUGAUGAUGAUGAUGAUGAUGAUGAUGAUGAUGAUGAUGAUGAUGAUGAUGAUGAUGAUGAUGAUGAUGAUGAUGAGUUGGAUAUGUUUGGAGUAGAUGGCAUGGAUUUAUAUGAUGAUAAGUUCCAGAUCGUCCCUUCAGACCCUGUGAAGGCUGAGAAGCUACAGCUGAUGAAGAUGAGGACUUUGGCGCGUCGGGCCAAAACAUCUGAGAUGCAGCGCUUCCACAAAGCCCAGUCUAUCCAGAGGCGACUGGAGGAGAUCGAGGUGACGUAUAAAGAGCUGGAGGAUAAAGGUGUGGUGCUGGAGCAGGUACUCAGAGGAGAGGAAGACAGCUGUGGUUCUCCUGGGAUGAUCGACCAGUGGGUCCAUCUGGGUCACCAGAAGAACACUCUGGUCUCUGAGGAGUCAGACCUUAUAGUGGCGUCUCGACAGCUAGAGCUGGAGGACAAACAGAGCACGCUAGAGAUGGAGCUGAGACAAUACGAGCUGGAUGAUUCUGAGAAGACUGUGGAGCAGCAGGCAGAAGAGGAGCGUGUGCUGCAGGAUAUGCUGGAGGUGGUGGACAUGAGGAACUCUCUGGUGGCCUUCCUAGACGAGAAGAGACUACAAGAGACGGAGACUGAUGAGCAGCAGUCCACCUCGCUGCUAGAGGUCAAGAGACACCCUACAGCCUCAGCGGGGGCACAGGUGUACUGGGCGUGAGGGUGACUUGGACUGUAAUAUACACCAACUGUACAAAACAUUAAGAACACCUCAGAACAUACUACAUUUGUUGGUGCAUGGACUCUACAAGGUGUCAAAAGCGUUCCACAGGGAUGCUGGCCCAUGUUGACUCCAAUGAUUCCCACAGUUGUGUCAAAAUUGGCUGGGUGGUGGAGCAUUGCUGAUACACACGGGAAACUGUUGAGCGUGAAAAACCCAGCAGCGUUGCGGUUCUUGACACACUCAAACCGGUGCGC